AAAAUCAAAUUCAGCUUCCACAAUUAAUUAUCAUCCACAAAAGCGGCAGCACCUAAAGUUUACAUCAUUUGCUUUGAUUGGAUGUUUCAUCCACUACGACGAACAGUAAAAAGUUUUUCUCUUGUGUGAAUUUGCAGAAUUUCUGGGGGAGGUGCGAACAGACGUUUGAGAUUAUCUCGAUAUUCCUUCAAUUUUACUUGAAGCAUUUUUGUACAAGAAAAUUACUUCAAACACACAACAACAAAAUAACCAACUACAGUUCCAGGCGUUACUACCAAACUCAGUAUAAAAAAAAAAUCAAAAGCAAAAUAACCUAAAACUACGAAAUCAUUAAACGAUUUACAAUAUUUAAUUUAAAGUGUAACCUUAAAACAUAUAACAUUCAUCAAAGCAAUGGCACACAUUGGACGUACAGUGAAAAACGUUGAGGCGCCACGCCCACUAAAAUCACAAUCACGCUCGUCACUGAAAAACAAUUAUAUGCUUAUUGAGGAGCUAAUACAGCUGAUUGAGAAUGUUGCAUUAACUCUACAAUCGGGCAUCAAUAAUACGGAACCAAUGGCGGCUUUAGUGCAAAAUCUACGCAUUCACGGUCCACAAUUGGAGACAGUCUCGAAAGAUACACUAGAUCGUGCAUUUGUUGUUUUCCGCAAUGCUUCGCAGGACGAACGCUUAAACAUAAUGACGAGACUGAAUCUGCUCGAAUUGAUAGAGUUACGCGCCAAAGGCUGGGAGGACAAUGGCUUCAAUUCGUAUUAUAAAACCAAACAAGCAACGAACAUCGAUCUACCCGAUGGACAUAUUGAUCCAACACAAAGCGGGUUCCUUAGCACCUCCCCCACAUUCGGUGGGGCUGGCGCCGCAGCGGCCGCAGCUAUAGCCGCUGUUGGUUCGGCGCAGCAGACGCAACUCCUAUUGGCACCGGGCGAGGUUAUACGAAAUUCGGGCAAAUUCUUGAAACCAACCAAAAUACCAGGCAAAACCUAUUGCAAAGACGAAGUGGUCAUACGUAAUGCGGAUUCGGGCAAAGUAAUGGGCAUUAAAGGCCGACGUGUCCAUAUGAUUGAGGAGUUGAGUGAAACGAUAAUUUCCUUCCAAAGAGUAAAUCCCGGCGCUAAGGAACGUUUGGUGCAGAUUACCGGUCCAACUGAGGAGAAAAUAAACUAUGCCAAACAACUCAUCGAAGACACCAUACGUCGCAAUGCUUCACCAGUACGUCUCGAUCCUGCCAUGGGUAGCGGUCAUGCGGGCGGUUCAUGCUCUUCACUAGCGUCUUCCAACUCCGAUGAUGCCGUUACGCCACGUACGCCCGGCGCUAGCGGUGCUGGCAACAGCAGUCUAGCCAAUCGUCUGAGCUUCAAUUCGGCGCAGAAUUUCAUGACUGCUUCUGCGGCAGCAGCUGCUGCACAACAGCAACAGGUCAUGAAUAUGAUGGGCGCCGUCGUUGGUAGCACUUCCACACCUACGGCUGCUGCCGCAGCUGCAGCUGCUGGUAAAGUGUUGCGCCCUAAUCAGCAAAUGUUAUUGCAUUCAUUUUCCACCAAUGAUGCUUCUUUAGGUGAAUACAAGUACACGGUGAACGUUGGACAGCAUCUCAUCAAAAUCACCGGCGAUUGUUGUGAUCUCGUGCGGGUUGCAAAAUUAGUGUUGGACGAUUACUUUAGCAGCGCUGAAUUCUUGGCAUCGGUUGAGGCUGGCGCCGCCUUCGAUGGUAGCAUUGUAAGUCCGAUUGCCACGCCGUCCACGCCCAUGACUGCGCCACAAUUCAUGAUGGGCACACCGUUGCACGCGGCUGCACCACCGCUGGCGGAUAGCGGUAUCGGUUUGAAUUACAUGGCCGUACAGGGUGUCAACAGUAAUGUGCAUGACGGUGAUGACGAAGUAUUUGCUGAUACAAAUGCUGCCGGCCAAAGCAAUGGUCUGUCACGUUCACGUAGAAGUCACUUCUCACGAAAAGACUCCACACCAGAAGCGGCAGCUAGCUCAACAGCUGCGCGUGGUAAAAUUGAAAGCGCCACAGCUGGCGUUGUCAGCAGCGAUUCUUCGCGAAUUGUUCACGAAUACGAGCAUUUGUUGUACUACUCGAAAAGCCCACAUUCCUGGGCCCUGCCAGUGGAGUGGCAAAAAAUCUGCGAAAAGUUCCCAGCCAUCGUACGCAAUAAGGUAACCCAACUCACUGCCACAACAGGCACUGUUACUAAUACAGCACCGAUAUUCCGUGUUGCUUCCACAACUACUAAUAUUACUAUAACUACUCCUACUACUAUUACCACUACUACUACUACUACUACUACUAAUGCUACUGCUACCACGGCAAUCGCAAUUACGCCCAGUACUACUAAGUCAAAUAUUGCUAGUAAUCAUAUAGUUAAUAGUUCGUAUGCUAAUGCCAAUGUUGGUGCCGUUGUCGGUGUUGUUGGUGUUGUUAGUGCUAAUGUAACUAGUAGUUUAAGUAUGAAUCCAAAGAAUACAACAACAACAAUAAUGCCAGCGCAGCCGGCACACCAGCCUACAGUUGUUGCACAACCACCACCACAACAACAACAACAACAUGCUAUGCACAUACACCCUGGUAGUCCAUUGGUAGUACACAACCGCAGUCAGCAGUUUGAACUGCACACACCAUUACAUAUCAAACGUAAAGGGUUUUUUAAUCGUCAAAUUGUCAGUAUUGACGAGGAGGGCUAUGAUGCGCUCCAACAACAGCAACAGCAGCAUUUGCAACAACAACAACAGCAAUACCACACAGAACGUCAUUAUAACAAUACGAAUGCACAUACAAAUAAUGUAUAUCAACGUGCAUAUAAUCAUCAUCGUCCAAUCGAUACAAACGCCAAUACAAGUAAUCAACAACAGCAACAACAACAAUUACACUAUCAACAACAUCAGCAACAACAAAAGUUCAUGUCUGUCCGUUCUGGUCCCACAUCAGCCAGUUUUAGUUAUGCUAACGUUUCUUAUAAUAGCGCCAGCACUACGCAAACAACCCCUACCAACAAUCUAUCAGCCUCCUUCAAUAACGGCAACAACGCCAAUAACGCCAAUAACAGCAAUAACUCCUUUUCUAAUUCCAAUGUGGAUAAUAAGCCACAAAAGCUACUCAAUAAACAAAUCAAACUGAUAUCGUCCAUUGUGGAAAGUACUUUAAUGCAAGAGCCAACAGAUGUUGGCAGCAAAACGCUUGAAUCGAAUACGAAUGAAAACAGGAAUGUCCCAGCUAUUGCCGUUGACCCUUCUGAUGCUGAUAGAACCAAGUGCGCCAAGUACAAAUCGACUAACAAAACUAGGCACAACACCAGACGUGAUGUGGCUGCCAAUAAUGAUAUUAUUGAAAUCAUAGACGAUGAAGAUAACGACACUGAUGUCGAGUUUGUCAGUGAGACGAAAUAUAUGCAGACGGAAAUCGUAAUAACCGCUGAUGUGGUGGCCAAUCAAAGACGCGCUGUGGAGCGACCAAAAUUCAUACGUGAAUAUCGUUCAAACUCCACAUGCGACUAAUACUGCAAGCGACAGAUUGUGCAGAGAAAUUGCAGUUGAAAAGUGUUUGAGAGUGUUGCCAUGCAAAAAUUUACUUAAAAUUUCCAAUUCGAGAAAAGAUACAAAGCAAUAAUAAUUUGUAUAAAAUGAUUUCGGUUUUUUAACAACAGAAAAACUAUACAUAUACGUAUUUCUAAAAAACAAGAACAAAGUGUUGUACCUAAAGUGAAUGUCAGCAAUGUUAAUGGGAUAAGACUUGCGCACAUUUUAUACACUAUUUUCAAGUAUUUUUGUGUAGAUUGUAGCAACUUUUUCUUAAAUUAGCUACUAAUGCACAUUUGUGCUUGAAAACUUCUUUUGUGCUGCUCUCAUUUUUUGAUUGGAAAUCAAAUACUCGCGUUAGAUCAUUUCAACUAAUGCUGUUGUGUGUGUUGUUGUUGCAAAAGUGCACAAAUUGCUGUAUAAUUUAAGCAAUUGCGGUAAUUAAAUUACCCAAAUUAAAUAUUAAAAAGUGUUUACUUUAUAAUUAGUUUUUAUCAGUGAAUUGUGGCACACUUUAUUUGCUUGGAAUAUGCAUGAAAACUGUUUGACAGCUUAAAUGUCAAUUAUUCCAAUGUAUUGUGCAACAAUGCGAAACGAAAAAGGCCAAAUAUUUUUUGCUUUACUAACCACUUAAUGGCUAAAUACAUAGUAUAUAUUUUUAUAAAAAAUAUGUGAAAAAACCAAAUUGCACACAUUAAACAAAUAUUUGUUCCUUUAUGUUUAUAUGAAAAAAAAAAUUAUAUAUAUUUUGUAUAGAAUGCAAAAAAAA